AAAUAGAAAACAUGUCGUAUUUUUUCGCUUCCCAGUGAGGGAUCAAGUUCUACUAAAGCCAACCCAUGAAAUCAUAUUAGCAUGCGGGAAGGCAUUAAAGUUGAACAUCAGUUUACCGGAGAGGGGGAAUCCAAAUAUCAUUGCGGACCAUGAAGCCAAGGAAAUGUCAAGCAAAGAUCCUAAAGCUAAAGAAGUUCAUUUGAAAGAGACUAAGGUCAACUGGACUGCAGUGAAGGAAUCUCCAGUCAAGGAGGUCAUCCAGCAGGGCACAGGCUCUGCAGCAUCAACCAAAACAUCAUCGGAGGCUGGAGAUGUCCCAUCUGAGUCCUUUUCAUCCCACCAUGUGAUUCUGAUUGAGAAUGUCAAGGACAACUGCAAAGCUGAAAUGCUUCAGUUAUUAUUGGAAAGACUGGUUACGGGGGACCAUGAUUUCCAAGUAGAAAUGAUUCAUGAGAUCGGCUCUGCGUUGGUCACUUUCACACAUGACAUAGAUAUUCCCAGUUUGAUGGAAACAUUCUCCAGUGACUAUAGGGUGAAAAAAAUGAACCUGAAAGCAACCGCACUGGAGGAAACGCAAAGUAUCCGAGUGGAGGGUCUGCCCCCCGACCUGUCUGACAAUUACCUGACACUUUAUUUUGAGAACUCUCGGCAUGGAGGGGGAGAAGUGGUGGAGGUGAAGCUGAUACCAGAAGAGGAGGCUGCAAUAGUAACAUUUACUAACACACAAGAUACAAAGAGAGUGCUGGGGAAGGAGCAUGUGUUUGGGAAAAAGCCAAUCUCAGUGUUUCCAUACUAUGUGUCCAAGGGUUUAACUCUGUAUGGAACAAAUGCACCUCGUAUAAAGUUACCCAAACCCCUGGAGGUGCCCAUCAGUCCAUAUGUACUGGAAUUCAUACUGGGAGAUCUACAGAUAAAAGACAACAUAGACAAGAAGAUGGCAGAUAAGAGCUGUGAGAUAACAUGGCCAGAUCCAAACUGCUCCCAUCCUACCAUUAAACUCUUCAUUCCCAGUUCUAUAUCAUCUCAUCCCAGGACUAUGGCAAAGAUUGGGCCAACAUGGAGACAUGGGGUUUCUAAAGAAUUCUCUCUUAUUAUUUCCGAGUUCAAAGCUACAGCGUACAAUGUAAUUCCAUCAGUUUGGGAAGCCAUCAAAGGAGAAGUCAGCAGUUCCCUAUAUGAGGGAGUUUUGGUCAAACCAGACCUUGCCAAACAGAUAGUCUUCCUUGCAGGAGUCUCCAAGGUUAUCACUGAGAUAGAGGAAACAUUCAGGGACCUGGUAGAAAAUACCACGAGACGGAUUGAGAGGCAGAAUCAAAGUGUGGAAAUGUCUGAGCCACUGGCUCCUGCUUUCUAUGAAAUAAUGUGUAAAAGUGGCCAGAUGGACAAUAUCCAGUCACAGUUGCAAUAUCUAAAAAUUGAGUAUGAAGAAGCAACCAAAACCAUCAAGCUCUGUGGACUACAAGAAGAAGUUCUCUCUGCCAAAUAUGAAAUAUUGAGUAUAACCCAGCAACUAAAAUCUAAAUCCAUUCCCUUGGAUCCCCAUAUCAUCCAAUUCCUGGGGUUCAAUGAUAAUGACUUAUUAUCCUGUAUGCUUUUUGCAAGUCACAAUAUUAACGCUAUAUUCCGAGUUGAGGAUAAUAAAGUGAUGCUAACUGGCAGCUCGGAGAAGGACCUGACAGAGGCUGAGGAGCAGAUGAGAAGUGAGUUACUUUGUAAGAAAGUUGUUGUUGAGGACAAACAGAUUCUACUGAACCCUUUGUGGGAAAGUCACAAGAGACAUUUGUUGGCAAUCUUUACUGAUGACAAAUGCACUAUUAUGAUUGAGGACUUUGUCAUAGGGGCAGAGAAUGAGGUGGUGAUUGCUGGUCUGGCUUUCAGUGUAGAAAAGGCUUACCAACAGAUCUUUGACUUUGUGGGUAAUGCAAUAGUACAAGUCAUUGAGGUCCAGUCUCUGGUGCUCAUACAUUGUAUAAAAGCAGAAGAAAGGCAUCUGUUCAGAGAAAUAGCAAAUCUGAAUGUAUCUGUCUCUACAGAAGGCAAAACUAUUACCCUGAGAGGGUUGAGCCCACAUGUAAAAGAGGCAGCUGACCUCAUCCAAAAGUCUUUGUCAUCGUUCCACUUAGAAGUGCUUCACAUUAAUAAGCCUGGAGCUAAAACAUUCUACAGAGAGAGAGAAGAAAUGUUUGUUAGUGAAGCGAUGAAUACUUUUCAGUGCUGGUUUCAUUUACAGGAGGAUGAAGAAGACAUUACAACUACUAGUCAAGAGGAUCUCAUGGAACCUCAUUGCCAAAUAGACUUGCCAGUAGGAGUGACCAUUGCAGUCUAUAAGGAUGACCUGACCCGUCACCAUGUUGAUGUUGUAGUAAAUGAAGUCAAUAAAAAUCUGCGGCUCACUGAGGGGCUGUCAUUGGCCCUAAAUCAGGCUGCAGGGCCCAGACUCCAAGCAGAAUGGGAUCAUAUUAUACAAACAGAAGGGAGAUUAACGACUGGGGACUCAGUGAUUACUGGUGCUGGUUAUCUGCCAUGCAAACAGGUUGUACACACUAUGAGUCGCCAGUGGGAUCCAAACUCACAAACUGCGUGUAGACGCCUCCUCCAGAGAGCAAUAAAGAGGUGCUUAGACCUGGCUGCAGAGAAUGGACACGGUUCCAUUGGGAUCCCAGCUGUUGGCUCCCUCAUGUCUGGCUUCCCUGUGAAUGUCUCUGUGCAAUGCAUUGUGGGGUCACUCAGGCAGUAUGUGGAAAGCUCAGAAAGGGCUGAGAAAGUUACAAGAAUUCAUCUAGUUGAUUCUGCUGAUGAUACAGUUGCGGCUUUCACCGAGGCAGUCAGGGCUGAAUUUGUGGAUAAUGUGUUGAACACAUCUCCUACUGACAAUAAAGCAGAACAUUCCGAAAGUAACGAAUCACCAACCAGGUCUGAUGGACAGAUGGCAACAACCAAGGUGGGAUUGAACUCUACAACAAGUGCGAUUUCUAGUGAAGAAUCCUGUGAAUCCAGUUGUCAGUCUGUGGGAGGAAAAGCGAAGUUUGGACCAGACACCGACCCGACCCACAGAGCCCAAGAGAUGAGGAUGGAAUCACUUAGGUUUGAAGUGAAAACAGGAGAUAUAACCAAGGAAUGUGCGGAUAUUAUCAUACAUUUGACUGAUAAUUUAUUUACUCGGGAACCAGGUUCCGAGACAAACAAACGCUACGUCGUUACAAACAGUAGAACGCGGCCCUGCAAGUCCAUCAUUCAUCUGCUCAGAAGGACAAAAUCUGAUGAGAUAAAAGCAAAUGUACUGGAGGUUCUACAGGAGUGCGAGAAACUUAAAGCCUCAUCAGUUGUUUUUGCAGGUCUGUCUUCUGUUGCUGAGGUUGAUGUCAUAUUAGAUGCCCUGGAGGAAUUUGCCAACUCAAAAUCUGCCCAUUCUGUAGAGACGGUGAAAAUAAUUAUUCAACCAGAAAUGCUGAAAUACUUCUAUAUCAUGAUGACAAGCAAAGAGGUUCCCGGGCAGCCUGGACAAUCCUGGUUAUAUGACAAGAUGAAGUCUGCUUGGUACAACUUCACCAACACAAAAGUUGAUCUUUAUAUUUUGAAGGGGAACAUUGAACCUGCGAUUUUGCAUCUUUGUGGAGAAGAUAAGGAUCAGGUGAUGAAGGCUUCAGUUUGGAUAAGAGAUUGUUUGUUAAGGGAACAGCACACAAAUAUUAUUCCUAAUGAGUGGAUCAGGGAAUUGAAGGGCCAGAAGAUGAAGAAAUUACUUGAACUUCAGAAGAAAUAUCCGGUUUUCAUUUCCAUUGAAUCUCUGAGUUCUACUAUGAGAGUGUCUGGUUUUGAGAAGAACGUUGGGACUAUAACAAGAGAGAUCCAUGAGAUCAUAAAGGAAGUAAAAGACAAGAAGAACAGGGAAGCCGAGAUUUGCUAUAAACAAGUGCAAUGGAGGUACCACAAUGGCUCUGGGUUUGUUCCGUUUGAUAAAAUGUCUAAUUUAGAACUAGAGACGGCCUUGGAAGAGGCCACAGAAAGUGUCACUGUUGAUGUUGCUGGAAGAAAACUCACAGUCAACGUCAAGCUAAAAACUGCAUCUGAUCCUAAAGGAAAUAGGGUUGCGAUUGAUCGAGUGAAUCAAAUGAGGAUUUAAUUGGAAGAUAAAGAGGAAAUACUUUCAGUGACCAUUUAUGAGUUGGGAUAAGAGUGUAAGCUGAGUGGGACAGUACAAGUACCAGUGAAUACUUGUGACAAGUACUGAUAAUAAACUUGCCAACUUGAUUCAAUAAGUUUCCUAUAAUUUCACUUGUUAAAUGUAGGAAGUUGUAGUUCAGGAGCAGUUGGAGAGAAGUAGAAUAUUUUAGCUGAGUGUGUUUUUAGCAAAAAACUGCAUUUCUUUCUUUGGUAUUAAGUAUAAAAUAUCAAGGGACCCUUUCACUGCUUCACUUGUUCUGGAGAUCCAUUUUGCACAGAGUGUAGUCAGCUGUGUGUAGCAGUCGGCAAGAGCUGAUUGGUUACAAUGACAGAAUAUGGCAGUUGCAUUGAGCCUGACACUGGAGUUACAACUAUUGGAAGAAUGUGAAUCUUCUGAAAAACACACGUUUGUCAUUCUGCAAUCUGAGUCUGACAUUAA